CUUUCAGUCUGUUAUAUUUGCGCUGAGUUAUUGGAAAAUCGCCAUCUUUAGAAGGAGUGGCCUACAGUCAUCACUGUCCUAUUCUAUGGUGCAGAAUCGAAAAUAAUCGAUGCCCCAACGAAUCACAUAUUGGUAUUCACUAUACGAGAAGCUUGAUAGAAAAUUUACGACGUUCUCACUUAAUAUAGCAGCGUUUAUCGAAGUCAGAUCGUUGUUGAACGUGCCUGAAAAACAGUGGCGAGUAUUUUCUGUGCUUGCAUAUAUUCACGUACUACUAUCCGUUUGUCUAUGUGUUCUAGGCAUUUCAUGCUUUUGUAUUGGCAUGGUUAAUUCUAUACUCUAUGAUCGAGUCAGCUGCAGCAACGGUGUGAAUCUUUUUGUACCGUUCAUUAAUGUGGUUUCAUCAUUUGCUGGGCUUGUUGCCGUUAGAGCACUACACAUGAAUUGGCCUCCAUUCGUACAUGUGGUCACUCUGGUCACAGCUAUGUUUUCGCUUUGCGUGGUCUUUAGUGUAUCGUGUUUGGAGGCGGAGGAUUGGUACAGGCACGCAGUCAGCACUCCGGAACCCAUACCGGAUGGAGUGAAGUAUAAGAACUGGGCAAAAGUCUUUGCGGAUAUCGAUGUCGCUGUGGUGUUUAUAGCAAUAGCAAAUUUUUCUGUCGCUUUCUGUGAACUUGCAAUCUAUGCAAUGUAUUGGUUUCCGCGACCGGGUCGUUCGUAAAACCACAUGCUCUUUGUGAUCUCGUUUUGGAGUAACGGGUACUUGUACGGGAAAGAAGAAGCCGUUAUCAUUUUUGCUCUGAUGUCCUACGUUAUGUAAGACAUAUAUCGUUGAUUCGUUGACCGCACGGACCGCUUCAACGCUGCGGACCACGCGCGGCGCGGCUAAGAUGUUGCGGGAGCUUGAUUUGUACAAUGGCAAAUUUGUACUGGGG